GCCCUGUAAUAUCUGAACCCACCCCACUGUAAAGCUGCGCUGAACAUCUGGAGUGCAUUAAUACGUAUUACACACAGCGGCUCACUUUCGCCGAUCUGCAAGCGCUCCGCUGCGCAGAAAGUCUCAUGGGAAUGAGUUGUAGAUCGGCGAUGCUCCAGCGCCCCGCUGGACUCCGGCUUCACUCUCCAUUCCGCAACACAUCAGCCCAACAAGAAGAUUCAGAAAGAAAAAUCAGGGCACAAACUCUCCCUCACACCUCACUGAUUUGUUCUGCAUUGAAACAGAGAGAAGUUAUCAGCAGGUUGGACGUUGCAUUGACGUUAUAAGUGUCUGAUGUGAAGCGGGAGCCGGUUUGCUGUGAAGGCUAGCUGCUGUUAGCCUCUGAGAAUGCUAACGAGCUAGCUGCGAUUUCUCGCUUCGGUUUUUGGCCACGCUGUCACUUUACAAACCGGUGAAAUGUCUUAAUUUGAAGGUUAACGUUUAGUUAACAGUUUUGGGUACCUGUGAGAACCGGUCGUUGUGCAUAUCAUUUUAAUUUUGAGUGAUUUUCAUGGGGUAGUUGGCUAGCUAACUAGCUCAGUAAAUCCCGUCCUUUAGCUGGUUAGCUAGCGGAUUUGGGGUCAUUAACGUUAGCUGGCUUGUUAGCUGCACGUUCGCUUAGAUUAGUAUAAAGUGUAUGUCUUUUUUGUGAUUAUUUACCCUGUAAUGUUGUAUAUACCAUGUUAAAUGUUGCCUGCAGCCUGAGCUGUAUCUGUAUCAAACACCGCUAGCAUUAGCAUCAGCGAUGCUGAAUGGCUGAGUUUACAGACCUUUAUCUCAGAUUGGAGUUGGAAUAAGCAGCUAAAAUCGUGUCUAACGGUUUAACAGAGCUACACAGAGCCCAGAGACAUGCUUAAGGUCCCAAACAAACGGUUUAUUUAUUUUGUGUUUUGUUGAAAUGCGCCAGUGUUGCCUCUCCUAGCUCAGAACAGCUGGCUGGGGACAGAUGUUGGAUGGCAGUGGUCAGAAAUAACGUUACAGUGGCAGUCUCAUUUUUGCCUCUCUUAUGUUUUGAGUUGUUUGCUGGACUCCAGUACAAACACAGGCCGCUGGUGAUGCAGCAGUAGCUCCUGCUGAUUCAGCUCAGAGGCUUUAGAUCAUCUGUUUACAUUCACAACCCAUAACAGCAUCACUGGCAGGGCACAGAAACAGGGUUGUAUUUUUACUUGUUUCCUGAUAACACAACAUUUUGCACAAUGAAGAAGUUCUUUGACUCUCGGAGGGAGCUGGUCAGUUCCGGCCCGGGUUCCGGAGGCGCUGGUGGAUCUGGAGGGUCCAGUGGCGCAGGAGGGAACUUCAUCGGCCGCAAUUUCACAGUGGGACGGCACCAGGUGACCGUGGAGGAAACGCUGGCAGAAGGUGGUUUUGCGAUCGUGUUCCUGGUCCGGACUCAUCAGGGUGUUCGCUGUGCCCUGAAGCGGAUGUAUGUUAAUAAUGAGCAUGAUCUGCAGGUGUGUCGCCGCGAGAUACAGAUCAUGAGGGAUCUGUCCGGCCAUAAGAACAUUGUGGGUUUCCUGGACUCGAGUGUGACAGCGGUGGGCAGUGGAGACGUGUGGGAGGUCCUCAUCCUCAUGGACUUCUGUAGAGGAGGUCAGGUGGUGAACCUGAUGAACCAACGUUUGCAGACCGGGUUCUCCGAGGCGGAGGUUCUGCAGAUCUUCUGUGAUACCUGUGAAGCUGUGGCCCAACUUCAUCAGUGCAAAACACCUAUAAUCCAUAGAGACCUAAAGGUGGAGAAUAUCCUGCUGCACGAGCGAGGGCACUACGUACUGUGUGAUUUCGGCAGUGCGACCAAGAAGUUCCAGAACCCACAGAGUGAGGGAGUGACUGUUGUGGAGGAGGAAAUAAAGAAGUAUACCACUCUCUCCUAUCGUGCUCCGGAGAUGGUGAAUCUAUAUAACGGAAAACUCAUCACCACCAAAGCAGAUAUCUGGGCUCUGGGCUGCCUGCUAUAUAAGCUGUGUUAUUUCUCGCUGCCGUUCGGAGAGAGUCAGGUGGCGAUCUGUGACGGAAACUUCACCAUCCCAGACAACUCGCGCUACUCACACGACAUGCACUGCCUGAUCCGUUAUAUGUUGGAGCCGGAUCCUGAUAAAAGGCCGGAUAUCUAUCAGGUGUCCCACUUUGCUUUCAGACUGGCCAGACGCGACUGUCCAGUCCAGAACGUGAAGAACUCCCCACUCCCUGCUAAGCUUCCUGAGCCAGUGAGAGCAAGCGAGGCAGCAGCGAAGAAGAGCCAAAUGCAAACAAAGGCCAGGCUAACAGACCCCAUUCCCACCACUGAGACCUCCAUCACCCCCCGACAGCGCCCCAAAGCCGGCCAGUCCCAGCCUCAGCCUAUAGGGGGCGUUCUGCCUAUACAGCCUGCUGCACUAACGCCCCGCAGGAGAGCCAAUCAGCCGGCGCAGAGCGCCACACAGCCCCUAGCUGUAAGUGUGAAUUUGGCUCAGCCGGCCGCAGCGCUGCAGUCUCAGCUUGCACAGCCCGCCCCAAGCCAGCCCCCGCACAAACAGCCUGUGCAGCCAGUCACUGCUUCAGCAGCUGUGUCAGGAGGCGGAGCUCCAGCAGUGACUAGCCCUGCCCCUCAGAAAGCUGUCUGUCUGUCUGUCUUUCAGCCUAUGCAGCCAGUCACUGCUUCAGCAGCCUUGUCAGGAGGUGGAGCUCCAGCAGUGACUAGCCCUGCCCCUCAGAAAGCUGCAGUAGCCCCGUCAAGCCCAGCUCCUCCCACUGCUCCUGCACGCACCGCCCGGCGUAAACAAACAGCACAACAACAACAGCAGCAACAACAACAACAACAACAGCAGCAGCAACAGCAGCCGACUCCAGCUGUGUCCACUCCAGCCGUCCAGCCGUCGGCUGUCCAGCCACCGCCCGGCACUGAGGACACGCCUGCGACCCUGGGCCUCUCUCAGACUCCGCCCUCCUCCCCCAGGACGGCCCAGAAGGCGGGGCACAGGCGGAUCCAGAGUGAUGUCACACACAGCUCUAUGUUUGGAGUUCCUGUGAGCCAGUCGACACAGCAGCUGCAGGCCGCCACCGCCGAGGCUAACCUCAACAAAUCCAAGUCAGCGAGCGCCACCCCGUCUAACUCACCACAGUCCUCCCAGCAAAGCGUGUAUGAACCUGGCCAGCAGGGAGGUGCUGUAGCCCCCACUGCCCCGUCAGCACCCCAGCCUACCCCAGCAGCCGCGAGCCUGAGCAGUCCCCCCGACCAGCCGAGCUGGAACCCCUUCGGAGACGACAACUUCUCCAAACUAACCGCUGAGGAGCUUCUGAACAAAGACUUCGCCAAACUGGCCGACGAACCUGCGGAGCCUCUGAGUUCCUCCACAGAGGAGCUUCUCCCUGGUCUGGACGCUGUAGAACCCGUCUCUCAGUCUACAGCUGAGAGACCUUCUGAUAUUUUGGGUUUGGAUGGAGGUUCUGGUUCCGGUUUGUUGGCAGUUCCAGAAAAGCUGAUAGAGGGGCUGAAAUCUCCGGAAGCUUCUCUGAUGCUGCCGGACCUGCUGUCCAUGGCCGACCCCUUCGGCAGCUCUGUGGAGGACACGAGAGACGGUGUUGCUGAAGUAUGUGUGGACUCGUUGAUUCCUGGGCUGGAGGCUCCUCAGGUUCACCCAUUGCAGAUGGACACAGCUGCAGCAGUGAUGGCAGAUGCUCUGAGUGGUGAAGACUCUCUUCUGGGUGGGCCCCUCCCCUCUGGCUCCGCCCCCUGCCUAGAUGAGUUUGCACCUGUCUCAGGAGGCUCCGCCCAGAGCAUGGCAGACUCGUCUUGUUUGAUCUCCGGCUUCGAUCCCGCAAGCUCCGAGAAGAGUGCUGAUGAUGAGUUUGAUCCGAUUCCAGUGCUGGUCUCCAAAACCUCCCAAGGUGAGCUGGUCGGGGUGAAUGGGUUUGUAUCUGAUGGCUCCAGCUCUCAGGGUUUGGAGGCAGCUGAUUGGACGAGCUGGAGAGUUCAUGAGACAGAGGAGGCGACUCUGACCGCCUGCAGCGACUCCAAUCUGCUUCUGGACAUAGAGUCGCCCUCUUCAGGCCUGGAGCAGUGCUGCACCCCGAUGGAUGUCUUCUCUAGUGCCCCUUUCCCUCGCGGGGGAUGGGAUGUAUUCACUAGCGCCCCCUUCCCCCAGCCCCAGAGAAACGCAGCCCAGGACGUUUUCCUCCAGGCGCCGUUUGGACCCUGUAAAGACUCGUCCGUGCAGUUUCAGACACAUCCUGCGGUCAGAGAGCCAGGUUUGGUGGCCCAUCCCCCGGUCUGGAGUCACAUUCGUCCUCCCCGCUGCCCUGAGGCAGCGGUCUUGCAGCAGCCAGUCGCGGCACAUCGCGUGGUGUCCAGCGUGGGUCAGCAGGCCGCGGUCGGCUCCGUCCCAGUUGGCCCACUCCACUCAUGGACCAUUGGACUCCGAGCUGUGACGGACCCAUUUCUAGCUGCACCUUUCCAGCCCAGGGGCACACAGGGGAAGCCUUAAAGAGAUAGUUGGGUGAAAUGUUUUUCGUAAUUGUCCCCUUAUUCUAAAGGUAGAUCAGCCAAGACACGUUUGGUAUCUUCAGUUUUAGCAUUGGAGCUAUGAGGCUGAAGUAGAUAAGUGAUGGAAGCUUAUGUGGUGCAACUGUCUAAGUGUUGGCCUUAUCAUCAGGAGAUCGCAAGUUCUAUCCCCCCAGUUGUCCUCUCUCUCUCUGGGUGGGCAGGAUGCCCCCCCAUCUCUUCCCAUCAUUCAGCGCAAUGCUAGCAAGAGCAGGCGUCUGUCCUCUGAGUGCGUUCAGCUGUCCAAUGACGUUGCGUUAGCAGCAGUUUGAGAAGAUGUGGUGGAGCUUCACAGGUCUCGGAGGAAGCUUGUGUUUGCUUUCACUCUCCUAGCACUAGUGGUAUCGUGUGACUGAGGGAGGCUAUUGAGUGGAAUUGAAUAUGACUAAAUUGGGGAGAAAAAAUACCAAAAAAUUUCAGGGCUGCUGUUUUUAGCUAGUGCUUGCCGAUUUGUACUUUAGUCCAUGUUUAUAGAUAACAGUGAGUCCUACAGUGUCAAAAACCACAUAAUCAAGUAUAUUAGAAAUUACUUAAAGGGGAAUUCCACCAAUCUUUCCAAAUCUUUCUGCAUAAUUCAGGUUUCAGAUGUAAUACUGGGUUUGUGAUGUUUGUGGCAGAUGGACGAUGGCAAACUGGAUAUUCCGUUGUUUUCAAUGGAUCCACAGUGGAAAAGUAUGCCAUCGCCAGCAGAACGAUCCAUUGAGUUCAAUUUUCCUAACUUUCGUCGCGGACUGCAGCGGUGGAAUAAACCAGAUCUUUUUAAAUCAGUAUUAUACACCUCAAAUAAGAGUGCAGAGCGCCUCCUGCCUCUCUCCACCUUAAAUAUACAGUCUACAUUGAUAAAGCUCUCCUCUAAUAAUCAUCCAUUUUACUGCCACUACAGUCACCAUGGCAGUGAUUGCUUGGCUUCAUGCCACCAUUAACUUUCUGUGAGGGAGCUUUUAGAGGUGGACGUCUGGUUCCUCUCACCACUACUGUGAACAAUUCUUAUCCGUUUAAUUAUGCAGAAAUUUGGGACACUCUUUGGGGCGAUUGAGUAAUGAUUUAGGCUUUAGGUUGGUGGGUAUAACUUUUCAUUGGUUGAUAGCCUCAUAGCUCCAGUGCUAAAACUGAAGAAACAAACUUCAGACACCGAACACGUCUCAGCUGAUUGACUACAUUUGGAUUAAAGUGGGGGAAACUGGGGGGAUUUGUCUACCUCGGUGCUUUGCUUUGUUUGCUCCUCUGCAGCACUUUACUUCUGCUUCUGCCAAAAUAAACACACACAACGCUUCUCAUAAACAGCCUUCAUAGAGAAACCAGUAGUGUAAUAACUGACCAGUAAUAUAAUAACUGACCAAUGAUGUAAAAACAGCAUUAGUGGUUAUUAUUUUAAUAUCGCUGUUAUGCUAUAAAUUACUAGCAUCAUUAAUUUCUUCAAAGCCAUUAACUCAUUUUCCUAAUUUGAGCCGUCUGCAGCAGUGCAGGCUGAAGCCCAGCUGUAGCGCUGUGUGUCGCUCUGAUAGAAUCCGUGAUUGUAGCUCCCGUUCAGAUAGAGCUUCAAAUGUCUUUUAAAGUAAAACCUUCAGCACCUUUAACAGACAGGGAAUUUUAUUUAACGUUAGGUAAAAAACAUAAGCUGAUACUAGAACAGUGUUAUUACUCCAAAAACUUUGAUAAAUGUGGGCCAU